CAUCUCCACAACAAAAAAAGGGUUUUAGAUUUUGGGGUUUUUACAUCUCCCCUCCGCCUCUCUCCACCCCCACACCAUUGUUGCUCAAUCUUGUUCACCAUGGUUCUAUCAAACAAGAAGCUAAAGCAAAAGCUAAGAUCCGUACUAGCCGAAUCAUUAACCCAAUCACAGUCACAACCAAACCAACCCAAUCAAACCGACUCAAACACCCACCAGUCAUUCAAAUCGCUCUUGAACUCAGUGACCCAGAAGCCCAAAUUAUCCAAAAGAGAGAUUAAAAGAGUCAAAAACCCAUCUUUGAAAGAAACCCCAGAUCAAGAAAAUGAUGGCGAAAAGAAAGAAAGUGAUGGUGGGUUGAAGAAGAACAAUAAGAGGAAGAGGGAGAAAGUGGUAGGAGACAAGGGGGUAAGUGAGAAGAAGGUGGUGAAGAAAAAGAAGAAAAAAAUUAAGAAAAAGAAGGUGGUGAAGAAGGAUGAUGAAGUUUUGAAGAAAGAAAAUGGAGGAAGUGAAGAACAAGAUGUAACAGAAGAAGUUCAAGUUCAAGUUGAGACUCAGACUCAUACAAGUAAAGAAGAUGAGAGUAUUUGUACAAAGAUUUAUGUUGGAGGCAUUCCAUACUAUUCAACUGUGGAUGAUAUUCAAAGUUUCUUUGAAGGAUGUGGAAGCAUUACUGAUAUAGAUUGUCUAAAGUUUCCGGAGACCGGAAAGUUUAAUGGAAUUGCCAUGAUAAGUUUUCGGACUGAAGCUGCAGCAAAGAGAGCACUAGCGCUUGAUGGGUCGGAUAUGGGUGGACUGUCUCUCAAGAUUCAACCGUACAAAGCAACCCGAGAGAAAAAAGUUUCCGACUUUGCCCCUGCAAUGUUAAAGGGCUACAACAGAAUCUAUGUAGGAAAUUUAUCAUGGGAUAUGACUGAAGACGAAUUGAAGAAGUUUUUCUCAGAUUGCACCAUAUCUUCUGUUCGACUUGGCAAGGACAAAGAAACCGGAGAAUUCAAAGGUUUCGCUCACGUGGAUUUUGCCGAUAGUUUGUCAUUAACAAUGGCGUUAAAACUAGAUCAAAAGCCUCUUUUUGGGAGACCCGUAAGAGUUAGAUGUGCGGUCCCACCAAAAUCCGCAAACCCUGGUGCGAAAGUGGACCCCACUAUCAGUAAAAAUGAGGGAAAUGUUAAUGAUGACGUGGCAAGAACAGCAAAGAGGCAAACAUGUUAUGAUUGUGGUGAAAAGGGUCAUCUUUCUUCGUCAUGCCCGAACAAAAAGGCUGCUGACGUGGCGCAUACAAGUAACAUAACUAAUGAUGUGGCAUUUGAUGACGUGGAGGGUGAUAACGUUGGUGACGGUAAGCUGAAGAGGAGGACGUGCUAUGAGUGUGGUGAAAAGGGUCAUCUUUCUUCGUCAUGCCCAAACAAAAAGGCUACUGAUGUGGCGCACACAGAUAACGGAACAGAUGAUGUGGCGUUUGACAAAUAUGAGGAGGUUGAUAACGUUGAUGGUAAGCUCAAGAGGAGGACAUGCUACGAGUGCGGUGAAAAGGGGCAUCUUUCUUCAUCAUGUCCGAAAAAACAAGCUGCUGAUGUGGCAAACACGCGCCGUGAAACUUUUGCACCUGUGGCGGUCAAAGAUAGUGAAGAGGUUGACUAUAACAUGGUCAGUUCUGUUAGCGAUGGUAAGUUAAGGAGGAGAACAUGCUAUGAAUGCGGUGAAAGAGGUCAUCUAUCAUCGGCAUGCCCGAAGAAACAAGCUGCUGAUGUGGCGAAUUCGAUAAAGGAGGCUAAUGACAUGGAAGUUGAGAAAGGUGACGUGGCAGUUGUUGGUAAGGAAGUGAGUGAUAAUGCGGCGAGUUCUGUUAGUGAAGGUAAGCUAAGGAGGAGAACAUGCUAUGAAUGUGGCGAAAGGGGUCAUCUAUCAUCGUUAUGCCCUAAGAAACAAGCUGCUGAGGUGGCAUAUUCAGUAAAGGAAGCUAAUGACAUGGAAGUUGAGAAAGCUGAUGUGGCAGUUGUUGGUAAGGAAGUGAGUGAUAAUGCGGUGAGCUCGAUUAGCGAAGGUAAGCUAAGAAGGAGAACAUGCUACGAAUGUGGUGAAAGGGGUCAUCUAUCAUCGUUAUGCCCAAAGAAACAGGCUGCUGACGUGGCGAAUCCAGUAAAAGAAGCUAAUGACAUGGUAGUUGAGGAAGUUAAAACUACGGCGGUUGUUAGCGAUGGCAAGCUAAAGAGGAGGAAUUGCUACGAGUGCGGUUUAAAGGGUCAUGUUUCUUCGAUGUGUCCCAACAAAUAAAAAAGUGGUUUUACGGCUUAAUCAAGUUUUGUCACGACGUGAACCCUGGACCACGACAUGGUCACCAUUUUUUUUCGAUACAUACCCAAGGUGGUUAGUUAUCUUGACCCGAUCCUGCACAGACUGAAACAAAGGUUCGUUUGCAAAACUUGACUUGCACCGAUGUUUAGUAGCGGCUAACGUUUGCAUGCUACAUUUUUCGAAAACUAAGAUAACGGAAUACAUGUUUUUUUGCUAGUCAUCAUGUUAUUUUAUUGUAUAAUUGGAUUCAUAAAAUUUGUUUUGACAAUGUAGUUGGUUUUAUGAGGGACAUAGACAUUUUAUGCUUCCUGUC